AUGGUGGCAACCAAUAACCACAGCAAGGAUAUCAACGCCUCCUCCACGCCGGCCCAGCACAGCAAGCCUCAUCGAAGCUUAAAGCGCGAGGCUGAGUCCGUGAGUGCGGUAACUAACAUCGAUGAACCUCCAUCCAAACGCCCCUACUACGGCAAGUGCCAGUACAAGACCGGCAAGUGCUUCAACGAACGCACUCUCAAGCGCAACGGCGAAGCUCAUUCGCUAUGCGAGGAGCACCGCGUCAAGCAGAACUUGAUCCAGCGCCGCAGCGACCGCAAGUAUCAAACGGUGCACGCCAUUCGUCGUCGUGAACGAUCGCAGCGUCGCGCUGUGCUGAAGAAGCAGGUCUCGAUGGCGGUGGCCCAGCAGCUCUUUUAUGAGCAUCAACAGCAGAAGACACUGGGCAUCCCGUUGCCGCAACAUCAUCCGUUGCAUUUGUUGACGGCCAACACGACUGGUAGUCCUACUACGGCCCCGGGUACGACUGGCCUUGCCGCCCCAAUUCAAGUCCCGCAUCCUGCUUCCGCUUUUAUGCUGGACGGUCAACGCAACAUCGGUGCACCGCUGAUGUUAUCGUUCCGCCCCCACCCUGGGCGUGCCACGGUUGCUCACAGCAGGAUGGUGGGUCCAUCGGGACCACCGGCAACGGCAGUCAAGGAUGAAUCAACCCCUACGGGCAUUGACAACUUCGCGCCGGACUCAUUUCUAAACAUUCCUGCGCCUCCGGGUCACAGCUUGCCAGCUUCAAGAGAUCAGGAGACUGCGGGGAGCAACGGCUUGAGUGACAACCAUGGCUACGUGCCUAUUAUGUCGCGCACAGACAACAAGGAGACGUGGAGCGACGACGACAUCGAGUUCCUGCAGACCGUUCUGUUGGCCUAAACGACUUUGCCUAAUUUAUAAGAGCCCAAGGAUUCUCCAUAUUUUGUUAGCAAAAUACAAGCACGAAUUUACCAAGUCAGA